UUCCGGGUAAAUGUAAUAACACUUCCGCUAAACUUCCUCUGCUUUACUUUCAUUGUUGACAGUUUGUUACCUACUGAAAAAAUAGUAAAAAAUCGGAUUAACAGUAGUCGGUCCAUCUGUAAUGACAUGUCGUUCGUUCAUUAGACGAGUAGCCGCUGCGUCAGUUGUGUGGGAAAUACUUUCAUGUUUUCUUCACUGUUAGUGAGCUAAGCAGCUAGCCGUCUAGCCUGCUGUACAGCUGCUGUGUGUCUGGGAACCUGCUCUGAAAGCCAAGAUUAUGUUUCUCGAUGUGCUUCUGUUAUGCUUUUACUUGUUUUGAAUAACCUGUGCAGCAUGGAAUCUGAGGGCAUCGUGAUCCGGAUAAAGACGCCGGUGGGAGACAUGGACUCCUCAGUGGACUCUCCAUCACACCUCAACUUCAGUGAUUUGCUGGGCGCGAUCAAGGAGGUCAUGCCUGAAGCCACAGUCACAGCUUUUGAAUAUGAGGAUGAAGUUGGCGACCGAAUCACAGUUCGCAGUGACGAGGAGCUCAAAGCCAUGCUGUCAUAUUAUUGCAACACAGUGAUGGAGCAACGCAUCAAUGGACUGUUACCUGAGCCUUUACAGAUAUUUCCACGAGCCGGUAAGACCCCAGGGAUCCGCAAUAUACAUGGCCUGAAGGUGAACACGCGGCCCGAAUCCUCGAGUGGCAGAGGCUCCUCUGCGGCUGAUUCCCGGUCCAGUGAUAGCAGUUUAAAGAAAUCUUCAGCUGAGCUUAAGAAGAUUUUGACGAAUGGACAGAUAAAUGAACAUGACCUCCAGUACCAAGAGCAGCUUGGCCAUGGAAAUGGCGGAACGGUUUACAAAGCUUACCACUUGCUUGGGAAGAGAAUUGUAGCAGUGAAGGUUAUUCCUCUCGACAUCACCGUGGAGCUGCAGAAGCAGAUCAUGUCAGAGCUUGAGAUCCUUUAUAAGUGUGAUUCUCCAUACAUCAUAAAGUUCUACAGUGCUUUCUUUGUGGAGAACAGAAUAUCAAUAUGCACUGAGUUUAUGGAUGGUGGCUCUCUGGAUGUCUACUGGAGAAUCCCAGAGCAUGUCUUGGGCAGAAUUGCUGUUGCGGUGGUAAAAGGAUUAACGUACCUCUGGAGCCUAAAGAUUUUACACAGAGAUGUGAAACCUUCCAACAUGCUGGUUAACACACGGGGUCAGGUCAAACUGUGUGACUUUGGAGUCAGCACACAGUUGGUAAACUCCAUUGCUAAAACAUACGUUGGAACCAAUGCAUACAUGGCGCCAGAGCGGAUAUCAGGGGAACAGUAUGGUAUUCACUCAGACGUGUGGAGCGUAGGAAUCUCUUUCAUGGAGUUGGCGCUGGGCUCUUUUCCAUAUCCACAGAUUCAAAAGAGCCAGGGUUCCUUAAUGCCUCUUCAGUUAUUGCAGUGCAUUGUUGAUGAGGAUCCUCCGGUGCUUCCAAUUGGUCAGUUCAGUGAGAAAUUUGUCCACUUCAUUACACAAUGGUCAUGCCCCAAGAAACCAGAAUUCCCCACCAACCUUUUUUGCCUGAGGGCACGUAUGAGGAAGCAACCCAAAGAAAGACCAGCUCCAAAUAAUCUUAUGGACCACCCCUUUAUUAUGCAAUAUAAUGAUGGCAACACGGAGGUCGUGUCCAUGUGGGUGUGCCGCAGUCUAGAGGAGCGCAAAAGCCAGCAAGCACAGAGAGUCAUGUGAACAGCAGCGGCACCGGAUGGAAAUCUGGGAUAAUAUGGUGUCCACAUAUCCUCACUAUACUCUUCCACUAAACCUUAAGAAGCAGCGGCUGAUCUUGCAGCACCUCACACAGAGCACCUCCUCCCAACCUUGGGUUAAAUGGUGCAGGGUGAGAGAACUGCUUCGAGUCCAAUGCAGAUUAUGCUAGCAUCCUGCAAAUGAGGAUUUUAAGCGUGUAUGUUGGUUUGCAUAGAUGCAAAUCUUUAACUUUGUUCUUCUGCAGUGGGUUUCUUUUCGCUUUCUGUGCAGAUUCCAAAGUAAAUGUUUUCGCAGAAGAUCCUUGCGGGGGGCUGUUGCUUGCUCGACUCGGAUUUAGUUCCUGUGGGUUUGGAUUUGGGAUAAAAUACUGUGUCUGUACUUAAAGCAACAAUCUGGUUUUGCCAAAACAUUGUCAUAAAUCAUCUCGGUUUUUAAAUAUAUGGGCUUGUGUCGAGCAUUGCUCCCUGCUGCAGUGCAAGUCAUGCUGCUGUUGUUUUAAAAGCCACUUUUUGUUGCGUUUCACAAAUGGCCUGCCAGUUGUGGCAAUACACCAUUGAAGAUGGAAAAAUGUGAUGCCUUGUUAUAGUGGAAGGCUCGUGUGAAUGAUAUGUUAGUCCAGCAGCAGCCGACUGUAAUGAUACAUGAAAGGCCAGUGGAUUUGGUUCUUGCCCUCAUCCAGCACAAGCCCAAGAGGUUCAUGGGAAUUGGUUACUUUGAUUUGGGCAUUGCCUUAAUCUCUCUUUUAAGGUCAUUUUAUACACUUUUAUCUCUGUGUACACUACUGUUUAAAAGUUUGUAAUCGGUAAGGUUUUUUUUUUGUAUUCCGUAAGGAAGAAUUAACUUGAACAAAAUUGACAGUAAAGACAAUAUUAUGGAAGAUUUCUGUUUCUUUUUGAAAAACUUCCUGCAGAAAGUACCAUGUUUGCCUCAAAAAAUAUGAAGCAGUGUAACUUUUCAACACUGAUUAAAUUUUUCUUGAGCACCAAAUCAGCAUAUCAGAAUGAUUUCAGAAGAAUCAUGUGACACUGAAGUCAUGGCUGCUGUAAAUUCAGCU